GAGUUUUCAAAGUAGAAAGGCGCGACCUUUAAUCAAAUUUUAAACAUUUAUCCACGCUUGAUAAAAUUAUGCUGUUUUCAGCAUCAUGCACCAGGCGCACAGACUUAAACGGCCGGCGACGAGUAGAGCAGGAAGUGAUUGCACUGACAAGUGGUCGACAUUGCACCUAGAGUGGAUCUCGCCUGCUCUAUCCGCCUGCUGAGCUCCUCUUCCUCGCUCCUUCCGGAUCGCACACAUUACAAAUAGACGUGUGCGUCUUUCCGCCGAGAUCAUUUGCAAUCCAGAAACUGGAGGCAACGCCAUGGACCCGAAGCACACUCUUGAGCUGGGACCAGCGGCGCCAGAGCUCCAGUUGCGAGCCGCGCUUGAAAUCAGGGAGUCGGACCAGGUCAGGGAGGCCGCUUUGGCCGAACUGAGGGCCCUUAUCGAACAAGACGGUUCCCUGGAUUGCAGGACGGAUGAUGAGUACCUAAUUAGGUUUCUUAGGCCGACAAAAUUCUACCCCGAAAGCGCUCUUAAAAUGAUCAAGGACUACUUUGGGCACAUCACAAAGCACGCUGACGUUUAUUCAAAAAUUGGACCAUCACAGCAAGCCAAAAUAUUUGAUAACGACUUGGUGUCUGUUUCACCCGUAAGGGAUCAGUUUGGGCGCAGAGUGACCAUCAUGAAAUUUGGUGCGUGGAGCAGCAAAAUGGGAACCAUGGACGAUUUAUACGGGGCAACAGUGCAAUGCGCUGAACUUGGAGCCAGUGAACCCGCCACGCAAAUGAUGGGCGGAGUGGCGGUUCUCGAUAUGAAAGGCACAUCCUUGAGGCACGUUGCAAAUCUUAGUCCAUCCUAUGCUAAAAAGACAGUGGAUCUCCUUCAGGGAAACUUUCCAAUGCGUUUCAAAGCUUUCCACAUCAUAAACCAACCCCGGUUAUUUGACCUUGUUUUCGCCAUUUUCAAACCAUUCCUGAGCUCCAAACUGAAGUCGAGAAUUCAUUUCCACGGUAAUGAUAUGAAAUCCUUGCAAAACCACGUAUCGCCUGCUUGUUUGACGAAGGAAUACAAGGGUCAGCUAACUCACUUCGAUCAAGAGGGGCUCAUUGACCUGUUGCAUGACAACGAGCACAUUUACAAAGGAAUAAGGCAGUACGCAUUUGAACAACAAAGCUAACCGCAGAACUGCUGGGAAAUGCAUCACGUGCUUCUCCUCAAAUUUUAACAACGUUACCUAGAGUCCCGAUAGCUGUGAUCAGAAAAAGAUCUGCACAUUGUUAAUAUUCUACCAUCUGAUGCUCAUCAUCCCUAGUCCGUAUUUUCUAAUAAAAAUGUAUGCAAAAGACAAAAUCAUGCUGCGUUG